CGGUGAAGCAGUUAAAAGCAACCUGGCCAAAAAAGAACAGAGCUGGAAGAAUUUAGCGGCUCUUGAAACUUCUUUUUUAUGCAAAAGUGGUAAAUAUAGAAAGAAUUAUUAUUUUUUAAUGAACAUUUGGCUCUUUAUGGGACAUUUUUGAAAGGUUUGCUUUGGUAAGAUGUAUCGCUGUGCAAUUUCACAGACAAAACACAUGCAUCUGUGUGCAUGCCCACAAAGGACCUCAGGUUCCUGGAACUUUCAGAAGCCAAGAGAGUAAUAAUUGAGGAGACAACAGGCACCGUGGGAACACACUCCAUUAAGCAAUUGCUAAGUCGAAGAAGUAAAAUUCACAGAAUAGAGAAGUAUUUUCUUUUUACUGAAACUGAGCACACACUGAAACAAUGCUAAACAAGACAUGCAUUCCCUUUUAUAUCAGUCAGACGGCAUUUAGGGCAGUUCAGAAAACAGGAAAGAUUUGGGUUUGACAGUUUUGCAACAAUCAAGUAUGAUGUAAAUGUUUCCUAGUUCCUCUUCAGGGGGUCUAAGGUAGGAAUCUCCUCUGAACACUCAGAAAGUGGAUCCAAGUGAAUCCAAGGCAUAGCCAGAUUUCUUACUCACAGCAUUAUCCUUGCUAACUAAUGUUUAGUUCUUUGAUGCUUAAUGAUGGGAAACAAGAGCAGCCGAAUCAGUGACCUGCUGUUACUUGUGCUCGAUGACCUUUCUCAGGAAGACUUCAAAAGGUUUAAAGACAAGCUCUCCUAUUCAGACCUCGAAGGAAAGCAUUUCAUAAUUCCCCGAAGUUGGCUAGAGAACGCGGACAGGGUAGAUACCAAGAAUCUCCUGCUCAAGUUUUAUGGUAGAGAUGAUGCAAUAGAUGUAACCAUACAAGUGCUCUCGGAUAUUAAUCAGAAACAGUCUGCUGCUAAACUCAGAAAAGAGAAAGAGAAAGGUUUGGUGUCCGGUCAGAAAGCACUGGAGAUAUCACCAAAAGAUUACAGGAUUAAAUACAGAGAAUAUGUAUGGGAAGAAUAUCAAGUAAUUCAAGACAAAAAUGCCCUCCUUGGUCAAUGGGUGAACCUAAACAGAAGAUACACCCAACUCUUGAUCAUUCAGAAACAUUGCCUGCUGGAAGAGAAGCAGCAUGAAAUUAUGUCCACAGGAAGGAAACAUGCCAACAUGAUGGGCAAGCAAGCCAGUCCAGGUAGUAUUGCGGCUUUAUUUGAUCCCGAUGAUAACAGAGUGAACCCUAGAACUGUUGUGCUCCAAGGGCCUGCUGGGAUUGGAAAAACAAUGACAGCGAGGAAGAUUAUGUUGGACUGGGCAGUUGGCAAACUCUACCAAGGCAAGUUUGAUUAUGCAUUCUACAUAAACUGCAGAGAAAUUAACUUGAUGACUGAGCAGCAGAGUCUGAUUGAUUUAAUCUUUUGGAACUGUCCUGAGAGAAAUGCUCCCCUGGAAGAUAUUUUUGCAAGCCCAGAGAGGCUCCUGUUCAUAAUCGACGGUCUUGAUGAACUGAAAUUUUCCUUAGAAUCCAACGAGGAACAUCUGUGUUUCGAUCCUAGUCAAAAGAAGCCGGUGAAAGUUGUACUGAGAAGUUUAGUCAGGAAAAGCAUUCUUCCCAAAUCAUAUUUAAUCAUCACUACAAGGCCAAUUGCUCUGGAGCAACUGCAGAAGUGUCUGAAGUAUCCCCGCUACAUAGAGAUCCUGGGGUUUUCUGAGAAGGACAGGGAAGAGUAUUUCCACAAGUAUUUUGGGAAUGAGAGGCAAGCGGUACAAGCUUUUGGGGUUGUGAAAGCAAAUGAGAUGCUCUUCACCAUGUGCUUUGUCCCCAUUGUGUGUUGGAUCAUCUGCACUGUGAUGAAGCAACAGAUGGAUAGAGGAGAAGAUCUCGUGCAGACUUCAAAAACAACUACCUGUGUAUACAUGUUUUAUUUAACUAGCUUACUCAGAGAUCACAGUCCAGUGUUGGAAAGAGGUAAACAGAAACAUUUCCAAAACCUUUGUCUCUUAGCCAGAGAAGGAGUCUUGACAAGGAAAAUACUCUUUGAGGAUGACGACCUCCAAAAACAUGGCUUAAAGGAGGCUGACAUCCGGUCACUCUUCCUUCACAAGAAACUCUUCCAGCAAGAUAUUGAUUGCCAAUCUGCCUACAGCUUCAUCCACUUAAGUUUCCAAGAGUUUUUUGCAGCCUUGUCCUACGUGCUAGAGGAAAUACCAGAAAUGGCCGGCGAAUCAGAUUGUACUUAUGAAGACGUGAGAAAGUUGCUAAAAGAUUUUGGAGAGGGUGGAAAUGAGUACUUAGUGUUGACAGUCCGCUUUCUGUUUGGUCUUUUAAAUGAGAAAAGGAAGAAAACAAUAGAGAAAAGUUUAGGCUGUAAAAUUUGUUCAGAAACGAAACAAGUGCUUUUGGACUGGAUCGAAGCUGAGGUGGCAUCAAAGAGCUGUCAAAAGCAAUCUGAGAUAUUCUGUUGCUUAUAUGAAAUUCAAGAAGAAGAGUUUGUGGGAAGAGCAAUGGAUUGUAUCCCUGAGAUUAAGCUGUAUGAUAACUGCCUAGGGAACGCAUUCAACUCUCUGGUUAUUUCAUUUUGCCUGAGACACUGUCGUAAAGAACAGUCCUUCCAUCUUGGAUAUCUACUUUUUUUGUCAAGCUUAUAUUUUAAUGGAAGAGUGGAUGAAAACCUGCCUCUCCUAUUUGAAGGACUGAAGGAUCCAAGGUGUAACGUAAGAGAGAUCUGUUUUAAGCGAUGUAAUCUCAGAGCUGCUUCCUUUGACAUUCUUACCUCUGUCCUCACCAUGAAUCAACACAUCAGAGAAUUCAACUUACAGCAAAGCGACCUAGGAGAAGUGGGAGUGAUCAAACUCUGUCAAGCACUCAAGCAUCCCAACUGCAAACUGCAGACACUGAGAUUACGUUGCUGUAACCUCAGCCCCAAGUCAUGUGAGAAACUAGCCUCUAUUGUUCCUAAAAACCAGAACCUGAGAAUGCUUUAUUUGGACUUUAACAAUAUAGGGGAUGCUGGACUAAUAGAGCUCUGCCAAAUGUUGAUGCAUCCAGACUGCCAACUGCAGGUACUCAGCUUGCUUGGUUGCAAUCUCACUGCUGCUUGCUGUGUGAAUCUUGCUUCUGUUCUCUGUAAAAACCAGUCCCUGCUAGAGCUGUCUCUAGGCCAUAAUGAAGAAAUGGGAGAGGCUGGCGUGCAGCUCUUAUGCGAAGGCCUUCAACAUCCAAAUUGCAAAAUAGUUUCGCUAAGGUUGGAUUCGUGUGGACUGACAGAGGCAUGCUGGGAAGCCUUUUUGGCAGCUCUCAAAACAAACCAGUCUCUGCGAGAGCUUGAUCUACAAAAUAACGAUGAUUUGAAGAGGUACCUGGAAGCUGAUAAACGAAGCAGGAUUAGAAAAUUGAAGCAGCAUAACUUUAGAAUACAAAUAAGCUUAUAGGCCUACAACAUGGGGACGGUGGGUUUGCUUUUUUCUAAUAAAGUUAAUUAGUGGUUGUCUAAUCUGUUAAAAUGGUAGUUUGAUUAUCUGUAUUUGAUUUAAAUUUUGUUUAGAGAUUUAUGAUUAGUAUAUGGGCACAUGUUCACAUUUCUUCAACCUUGUUCCCUAACCUUGUUCAUUCUGCUGGUGACAAACAGAAUUCUCCUUUCCAGUUUGUUGUCUUCUCCAUCUUUAGCCUCAUGCAGCAAGAAAACCCCAAUUAUCAUUAAAUACAUAAGUGUGAUCAUAUUUACAAAAAGGUGUAAUUAAAUUGUGACACAGGAAAGCUAAAAAGGAGUACG